GUCCUUGUGAGUGUGUGUGUUUUUGUGGGUUUCACUUUUUAUUUUUUCCCCCAAAAUUCCAUUCCAUUAUCUCUUAAAUAUAUAUAGCUCACACAACACGUGUUCUCAAUUUCCAUUUCUUCUUUCCUUUGACCUUUUUAUAUUAUUCUCUUCUUCAAUUUCUAUCUGCUGCAAAGAAUUUUCUAGAUCGGAGGUGCACACCAGGUGUUUGUGAAAUGUCCCCAGUGAAGUCACCCAAAAAGCUUACUGCUAAAGAUAAGGUUGUGGUUGAGGAGACUGAAACAGAAGAGCUUCUUCCAGGGUGGAAAAAGGAACUAAAAAUAAGAAAAACAGGUUCUGGAACAAAAAGAGAUAAGACCUACACGGACCCUGUCACUGGAUACAUAUUCCACUCGCUGAAAGAUGCCCAACGAUAUCUUAAAACUGGAGAAAUAGGAAGACUGGCAACGAAACCAAAGGAGAAGAUGUGUGAUGUUGUGGAUAAUAAAGAUGAAAAAAUGGAAGAAACUAAAGAAAGGAGUGAAUCAAAAGCACAAAUGAGUGAAACUUGGAGGCACAAGCGACCAUUGGAGGCUGGGUCGGAAGGGCGUAAGACGAGAAGCAAAUUGAGUGAAAAUGGUAUGUCUGAAUCACCUAAACGUGCUUCAAAACGACUAGCAGGUGUGAAUACUGAUACCCCGACUCCAUUAAUAUCACCGUUAGAGCCUAAAACCCAUCAAACUAGUAAACUAGCUGCCAUCAAAACUGAGGAAACACCACUAUCAUCUUCAGUGCCAGAGCCUAAAACCCAUCAAACUAGUAAACUAGCCGCCAUUAAAACUGAGCAAACACCACUAUCAUCAUCAUUGCCAGAGCCUAAAACCCGUCAAGCUAGUAAACUAGCCACCAUCAAAACUGAGGCAGCACCACCACCAUCAUCAUCAGUGCCAGAGCCUAAAACCCGUCAAGCUAGUAAACUAGCCACCAUCAAAUCUGAUUCAACACCACCACCAUCAUCGACACCAGAGCCUAAAACUCGUCGAGCUACACGACAAUCUGGAAUCAAGAUUGAUUUCCCGCCACCAUCGCUGCCGGAUAGCAGAACCAGCCGCCAAGCGGCACGAUUGGCGGAAGUUAAACUUGAGACAUCAGCACCAUCACCAGCAGAGCUUAAAACUCGUCAAGCUACACAACAAGCUGGAAUCAAUAUUGAUUCAGCACCACAAUCACCCCCAGAUACCAAAGCUGGUCACCAAGCUGCACAAGUAGCAGGAGUCAAGGGUGAUGUAUCAGCAACAUCACGACCAGAGCCUAAAACCCGUGAUGCCGCACGACUAGCUACGCAACAAUCAGGAUACAAAGUUGAUGCAUCGAUACCAUCAUCGCCAGAGCUGAAAACCAGUAAAGCUACACAACUAGUGGGAAUAGGAAUGGGUGUACCUCCAGCAUCAACACCAGAGCCUAAAACCCGUCGAGCUACACGACAAUCUGGAAUCAAAAUUGAUCCACCGCCUCCAUCACUGCCAGAUUCUAGAACCCGUCAUACUACUCGACAAUCUGGAAUCAAAGUUGAUGCAUCAGUACCAUUUCCAUCAGACCCUAAAACCAGUAAAGCUACACAGGUGGUUGGAAUAGAUACGGCUGAAACACAUGCUUCGCCACCAGAGCCUAAAUCCAGUAAAGCUACACAGUUGGUGGAAAUAGAAAGGGUUGCAACUCCUCCUUUACAACCACAGCAUGAUAAAACUCAUCGGAAUACACAAGUUGAUACCAAAAUUGAUUCACCGCCUCCACUGCCAAAUUCUAAAUCCCGUCAAGCUACACAACAACCUGGAAUUAAAGUUGAUGCAUCAAUACCAUCUCCGUCAGACCCUAAAAGCAGUAAAGCUACACCACUAGUGUCACUAGAAGUUGUUGGAUCAUCACCAAAACCUAAAGCCGGACAAUAUAAACAAGUAGUCAGAAUGGAUAUUGAUGCAUCAGUAUCGUCACUGCCAGACCCUAAAGCCUGUAAGGUGACUCGGCCAUCUGGGAUCAAAAACGAUUCAUCUCUACCAUCAUUGCCGGAGCCUAAAACUCGUCGAACUACACGGGGAUCUGGAAUCAAAGUUGAAUCACGGCCACUAUCGCCGCCAAAUACCAGAACUAACCGCCAAGCUAGCACACGGGCAAAAGUAGCAGGAAAUGUUAAUGUGGCUACCCAAAAAGGGAAUGAAAAGAAAGCUAAAGCAGAAGACAUAGAUGACAGCCAAGAAAGUUCGAUUGUUUCGCGUUCAGUAAGUCAAGAAAGUUCGAUUCUUUUGCCUUCAGCAAGUCAAGAAAGUUCGAUUCUUUUGCCUUCAUCAAUUCAAGAAAGUUCUGUUCUUUUGACUUCAGCAAGUCAAGGUAGUUCGAUUCUUUUGCCUUCAGCAAGUCAAAGAAGUUCCGUUCUUUUGCCUUCAGUAAGUCAAGAAAGUCACAAGAAGAUUAAACAUUAUGACUUUAAGGCUGAUAAGAGUCGAGAACCACAAAUUAUUUUACCUACAGCGACACCCUCUACUCCUAAACAACAAUUUAAGGAAACUGAAACGAUAUAUUUUACUCGGCCACCAGUGAGUUACAGUGUCCCCAGACCACCACCACCACCUAGUAUUGAUCCUCCACCAGGUUUUGAAAUUCCACCAGGUUUUGAGAUACCACCUGGUUUUGGAAAUCAAACGGCUAAUAAACACCAUGAGAAACAAGAGUUGCCUGUAAUUAACCCUCCAGUUAGCAUCCCAGCUCCACAAUAUGGUUAUGGAAGUGAUAAAAAGGCUGAAGCAUUGAACUUUUCUUUAAAUGAUUUAUGGACAGACCCAUGUAUUGAAUUUGCAGUAAAAACACUCACCGGUGCAAUACCAUUUGGAGAGCCCAGUAAAGCAGACAACCUUGUCGCGUCAUUGUCAGAGGUUCCCAUGCCCAUGGAAGACCUCUGGACAGACCCAUGUAUUGAAUUUGCUGUGAAAACACUCACCGGUGCCAUUCCUGUUAGGGAAGAUAAUUAUGUACAACACCAACCUACGAGCAGUUCAAAACCCAGAGCUCCACAUGAUUACUCGUCACCUGGUGCCAGUAUAAACUUCCAUCAAACACAGGUUUUGUCAAAGCAUUUUGAAACAGGGCAUAAAAAUAAUAAGCAGCAGGAAUCUGUGGUUACAACACUUGGAAAUGGUGCUUUGCGAAAGGCAGGUAAUAUGGUUGUUUCCCAACAAGUUAACGGGAGUAACGGGCAAUGUUCAAGAUCAAGGUUCUUCCAGUGAGUUAAAGCUAAAUUGUGCAGUUUAUAGACCAAAGUAGAAUGUUAGUUUUAUGGUGAUUCUGUACCAUUUUACUGUUGUAUGGUGUUUUGUAGUUUUGGAGUUCCUGAUUUUUAUUUUUAAUUUUAUGUUGUAAACUGUAUUAUCAAAUGAUACAUGCUCUGAUGAUAA